AACUCAUGACCAAAGUUUUCCCUUUUAUAUUAUUUCAUGUAAUUUUAAAACUAUUAAUAUAAGUUGCUUUCUCACAAAGAUGCAAUGUGAAAUACUCUGAAGAAAUCACCAAAAAUUGAUACUGUUAUUUUUAAAACAUGAAAUCAAAUAAAUGGUCAUUUACAUAGCAACAAAAAUGCCUCUGGAAAAAACAGCACUCAUAUCCACUUACCAGCUAAAGUAAGUUUCAUAAGGAAAAAAACACUUUAACCCCAAAUACAUAAAAUAAAAUGUUUAUUUUACCAUAAGGACUGUAAAUAAAAGUAUAAGAUGCUCAUUUUAAAAUGUAAGCUAACUUGUGUGUAGCCUUGGAUCAAAUGAUCCUUUGUAUAAGAAAAAUAAAGAGAAAAUAAUCAUAUUUGAGUACUUCUGUUCCUCCUAAAUGGGAAGAUGAAACAUUAAGUGGUUAAUAAAUUUGAAAAGCUAAUUAAACAUAAUAAUCACCAUGUUGGGGGAGGACAUCAAAAUCAAACAUAUUGUAUUAGAUUUUAAAAAGUGACAGGACAAUUGUAUCAUUUUAGAAAAGAACAUAAAAAAACAGGAGUUAAAAAUAAUUGAAAUAGAAAACCACCCAUUAGAAAGGACAAAUUCAUUUUCAACAUUUUUCAACAUGUAAAAAGAAUGAAGAGCAGAGGCAAUAAAAAGAAUCACAGAUUAUUAAUGAGGCAAAUGUUAAAAUGUGGAACCCAAGCUCAGACAAAUACAUAGAAAGUAAGGGCCAGUACUGUGUGCAUGAGGUAUUCCAUCCUAUAGCAAAUCUGAGAUAUAUAGGUAUGCUUAAUGCCGUAAAUUAAAAAAAAAAAAUUGUCCAUUUUGUUGUGUGUGCACCUCUUGCCAUAAAUUUGAGUCAGCACCAAUGACAGCUCUGCAGUCCUCCUAUGUGGUACUGAUCAGGUGGUUGCAGAGCUUCAGCUCACAGCAACACAAUGCAGCUGAGCAGGCAAGCACAGUCCACAGCCAGAAACGGUUCCGACUCUCCAGAACAAGACGACCUUUAAGCUUUAAGUUUCCCGGAGAAAAUGAGAUGCUGAUGUUGAAGACGACACUAUGGCUUUGAUGGAAUAUCAGACAUUGAAAAUGUCUCCCUGCCUGUUCAUCCUUCUGUUUCUCACACCUGGUAUUUUGUGCAUUUGUCCUCUCCAAUGUAUAUGUACAGAGAGGCACAGGCAUGUGGACUGUUCAGGCAAAAACUUGACUACAUUGCCAUCUGGACUGCAAGAGAAUAUUAUACACUUAAACCUGUCUUAUAACCACUUUACUGAUCUGCAUAACCAGUUAACCCAAUAUACCAAUCUGAGGACCCUGGAUAUUUCAAACAACAGGCUUGAAAGCUUGCCUGCUCAGUUACCUCGGUCUCUCUGGAACAUGUCUGCUGCUAACAACAACAUUAAACUUCUUGACAAAUCUGAUACUGCUUAUCAAUGGAACCUUAAAUAUCUGGAUGUUUCUAAGAAUAUGCUGGAAAAGGUUGUCCUCAUUAAAAAUACACUAAGAAGUCUCGAGGUUCUCAACCUCAGUAGUAACAAACUUUGGACAGUUCCAACCAACAUGCCCUCCAAACUACUUAUUGUAGACCUGUCUCAUAAUUCCUUGACACAAAUCCUUCCAGGAACAUUAAUAAACCUCACAAAUCUCACACACCUUUACCUGCACAACAAUAAGUUCACAUUCAUUCCAGAUCAAUCUUUUGAUCAACUCUUUCAGUUGCAAGAGAUAACUCUUUACAAUAACAGGUGGUCAUGUGACCACAAACAAAACAUUACUUACCUAUUGAAGUGGAUGAUGGAAACAAAAGCCCAUGUGGUAGGGACUCCCUGUUCUAACCAAAUAUCAUCUUUAAAGGAACAUACCAUAUAUCCCACACCUUCUGGAUUUACCUCAAGCGUAUUCACUGUAAGUGGGAUGCAGACAGUGGACACUAUUAAUUCUCUGAGCAUGGUAACUCAACCCAAAGUGACCAAAAUACCCAAACAAUAUCGAACAAGGGAAACAACGUUUGGUGCCACUCUAAGCAAAGACACCACCUUUACUAGCACUGAUAAGGCUUUUGUGCCCUAUCCAGAAGAUACAUCCACAGAAACCAUCAAAACACAUGAAGCAGCAGCUGCAACUCUAACUAUUCAUCUCCAAGAUGGAAUGGUUACAAACACAAGCCUCACUAGCUCAACAAAAUCAUCCCCAACACCCAUGACCCUAAGUAUCACUAGUGGCAUGCCAAAUAAUUUCUCUGAAAUGCCUCAACAAAGCACAACCCUUAACUUACGGAGGGAAGAGACAACCACAAAUGUAAAGACUCGUUUACCUUCUGUGGCAAGUGCUUGGAAAGUCAAUGCUUCAUUUCUCUUAAUGCUCAAUGUUAUGGCCAUGCUGGCUGUCUGAGGGUCUGUAUUUUCUGAAACUAAUGAAAGCACUCCUCUCCGAUGUACAGUUGGGAAAAUAUGCCCCUAUCUAACCAGUGAUUCAAGCUAUAUUAAGUAUUCAAGAAAGCCAGUCUUACAUUUCUGACUGAUGUAAAAGAAGUAACUUGUAUUAAAUAAAAGAAGUGCACAAUGUCUUGGUACUUGCUGCUAUUUUACUGUCUUAAUUAAAUAAAACUAAUGAGUUUCUUUUUUUUAAUGAAAUGUUUUCUUUUUAAGGCUUCAAUUUAUUGCACAAAAUAUAAAGCAUCUAAACUUUAAUAUGUAUUUUAUGUAUGUUUACACUGUCAAAUGUGGGAAAAAAAUAAAAGGUCUAUGCUCA